GAAUGCAAGAAUGUGGGAACCCUUAAUACUUACACAUACGAGAUGUUGUGCUUGUGCACGAGCACGUGCGUGCACAACACAUGCAUGAGCUUUGCAUGCAAUGCCAAUGUCAAUCCAUAGUUGAACCGCAACAGGUUGUCUUUCCUGUCUCCCUUUGAAAAACAAACAUCAAGAUCAUGACUAGCACAAGAGGCAUCUUGUGAUACUACAAUUAUCGACUGCUUGAAAAAGGCUUGUCGACGUCAAGAAAAGAUCAUGCAUUAGGCUUCAAAUGCCUAAUGAAUGAAGCUGCAUUAAUAUGUCCGUUGCUGAUCGGAAUUUUGCUUUGGAGCUCGAUGAGGAGUAUGAGAUACCAGAAGAGUGGAACCGACGCCCUGCUCCGGGAAGCCCCAACAACCCCGUGGAAGUUUCCGUAGUUAUUCAAUUUAAGCACUGGACUGUGGAUAAGCAGGGAGGAAAAGAAAUUUUGAAUUGGAGCGGCCAGCUAGAGUUUUAUUGGCACGACCCUAGACUUAACGGCUACGUUAUUGCAGAUGGGCUGCCGGAAAAUAUCUGGCGUCCGAAGCCAGUCGGAUCCAAAGGAUUCAACCUGGGACCCGCGGAGAGUCUGAAAAAGCCCGCAGUUUUCGCUGGAAACUACAAAAGAGAGAGCGAUGGAGCCACGGUUUCGAACGGGAACUUGAAACUCAUCGCUGACUUCUGUCUCGGUGAUGGUGGAGUGAAUUUGUCGGAUCAUCUCACGAGAUUCCAGUCUUUCCCUUUCGACUCAACGCGGGUCGACGCACUAGUACAAUUUAGCAAUGAUGCGGAUCCAGUGGAGGGGGGAACCGGGAAGAAAGAGGGGAUGCGGUACAUUAUGAGCAUAGUGACAUCAACGUCAAGAAUCUUCAUUGGAAUUCUUCGUGCAGACGGGUCAUGGGUGAACGUUGAGACCUAUACUUUUUAACGUCCUCGUCGCACCACUAGAACUUGUUGUAGAGAGGGAAACUGCAGUACAUCGUGGUCGCCCCAGAUUAAACAAGACUCGUCUAGUAUCUUCAGUAUAACGACGAGAAUCUCCCCCUCUCAUACUUCUGCAGCCGAAAUUCAACCGCCCGAAUUUGAAGAGCCGAAUCGCUUCAGGAGGCGAAUAUCAGCAUAUUGACUGGCUAGCGACGAGACACUCUGACGACUACGCGCUCGUGUCCUUUGGAUACGCUGUUGGCAGUAACUUUCAAGCGGUUUUUGGAAUGCCGACCGACGCUAGGCCCUGCAUCAUUCUGUCGCUCCAAAUCGCCCGCACUCCGAACUUCUACGUGCAAAAGGGAAUUUUACCCUUGUAUGCGGUUGCGCUUUUUGGGUACAUGACCUAUCUGAGCUUGGAGCCCUCGGAUUUGAGUUCGCGGGUGUCUGCUCUGUGCGCGAUGUUUUUGACCGUGUUUGCGAUCCAGUGGAUAUCGAUCGAGCGACUUCCCCGUCUUCCCUUCUCCACCAUCCUGGAUGCAGUGGCACAAGCUGUAAUCACGAGUUUGCUCUUUCUACUAGUGGGCGGGUGUGUCUCGUAUCGCGUGGGCAGACCAUCGUCGGGCUGCAUCGGCGGCUGCACGACGGAAGAGUUCAGUUUGGAGACCGCAGAGACGGUCGAUUUGGUUGUCGCCAUCUCCGCGGGAACUUUUCUCCUCUUCUAUUCUUUCUGCUACCAGCUGCUGUACAGGAGACACAAAGUGAACAAGGCAGUAGGAUGGAGUAGGCCUUGGAUACAAGGAAAGUCGCUGGGCGCGCAAAACUUCGCGGCCUUGGAAGCUUGGAGACUGUACACAACCGAAGCUUGGUUCGAAAAGCACGAAUCGAAGUACAUGGGAGAAGGCACCAAAUACUUCGACACAACCCUUCUUGGCACGCCCAAAUCAACGAAACUGGAGGGUGGGACGCAUGUCAUGCAGCAAGGGAAGUGGUGUAGUAGCUGGUGAGAAGGAGAAAGCGAUCGCGAAAGCAAAUUGAUUAGAAAGGAUGGCUUAUCUUUAUAUUUAUUUUUUUGCAUUUUCUGCAUUUGCAUUCAUCAGCAUCAGGACGUUAUGCGUGGUAACUAAUCGGUCCCUCAGAUGCACCCCGCCAGAGAGAUGCAUCUACUGCAGAUGCACCCCAUAUCUUUAGCGCGUAGAAGGUUUUUCAGAAGCUUUCAGAAUCAGAUCCUUAUCGGCGCAUCAAUUAUGGCAGAAAGUCCAUCACGG